AUGUCUACCACAAAUGCUCCCCGUCGCACCCGUCCGUCAAAUGCAACCACCUGGCCUGGCCAGGUAGUCCUCGAUGCGCAGGUCAAGAGGCGUACCAAGGCGCAAAAGAACGCUGAUGACCUUGCCCUCAAGAAAGCAAAGGAAGCAAAGGAAGCACAGACCCAAAAGGGACUGGAGCGCCUGGCUGGGAAUGGUGAUAAUCAUACUGACAGCCUAAUGGACGCCAAUGAGGCAGACAGCCACCAGGAGGCUGUCAAGAACAUGGAGGAUGAAACUGUAGGAGCAAAGAAGAAGAAGGUAAUGAAGAAAGGUGGAAAGCCGUUGAUAAGGGACGCUAUCAGCAACAUGCAAAACAAGAUCAGUGAAGCAUCAUCGAAAGUGGAAGGUGAUAACACCAUGACACAUGUAUCUGAUGGGAAAGAUACACUAACACUUAUCAAUGCGAGCACCCAGAAAAUUGCUUUAGGUGGGCGUAAUAGCCAAUGGGCUUCAAGUGAUCACGUCCGAAAAAUGAGAGCCAAGAUAUCGAUUGGAACGUCCUGUGGCGAACGUCUCAAGUACAAGGCAGGAAGUCCGUAUCGGAAAAAGCCUUUGAAGAUGACAUCGCAAUACAUUGGGGAGCGUGAGGCCUUACUAUCGCACAAGGCAAAGGGAAAUCCAAGGUUGCCUCCAUAUUUGAUGACAACUCGGACUUCGGACGAGCCUAUAGCUCCAGUAGCGCAGUGGACAACCCUCUCAAGCGGAAAGCUUGUGUGGGAUGAGUUCAUAGAUGACAACGAGGAGUCUGUGGUGUCCGACUGGUCCAUGGACAGCGAAGGCCUGGAUCUUGAAGAUGUGAUCGAAAUUUCUGAGGACACUUCUGAGCCCGAAACCUGCGGUAGUGAAGAAAGAAGGUUCAGCGUACAACAUCUUCGACAUCUGUAUCUGUUGUUGGCUUCUGUCACUGACAGCAAGCUGCCUCCUCAUAAAAAGGUCAAGUCAAGCCAUCCGCCACACGUGCCCAUGGUGCUCCUGCCAUCAAACUCAGCUGAACGUGGCUACUACGCCAGACCACAUGAAACCGCUGGGAGUUACGACGAUAUCUGGAAUAUCCCAGAUGAAGUCCUUCUCCUUCAUGCCCAGCUAAUUUUUAAACGGGUAUACAAGGACCUCAAACAUUACCAUCGUUCACGGUGGUGUGAUACAUUCCCUGACUGCAGUGUAUAUCCGAAUGGCGCAGCAAUUUCGGCUCAACAGGCAUAG